AUGUCGACUUCGAUUUUUCGUACCAUAAAGAAUAUCUAUGCCUCUGGUAUUAAGAGAGCUGCUUGGCAGAUCCAGCACCACAACGAUACCAAGAGAGGUUGGUUAGUUGGAAUCGACGACUGGGGUAACAAGUACUACGAGACCGAUGUGCCAGAGGAAAUCCACUUGAGAACAAGAUGGGUCGAGUACAACGACUGGGAUGUCGACAUCUCCAAAGUUGAGCCAGGUUGGCACUACUGGUUGGGAUACGGUACCAACACCCCACCAAAUAAGUUACCCAAAGAUCAACAAGCAUCCAGGGCAUACCCCUUGGAGAAGCACAAGGAGAACCUCACAAAUACUCCAGGCGCUUUUGUCACAUAUAACACUGCCAAGCCUAAGCAUCAGAGCUGGGCUCCAGAGGUGAGAGAGAGGGUGUAA